GUUGCGGAAACCUUUCCAUUGAUCAUUUCUUUCAAAUUCCAUCAUUUGGCAACCCUACAAGUGUAUGAACAAGUUUAAUCAAGGGGAGAUGAUCUCUUCAUCAAGUGGUCUAAGCAUGGGAGAAGAGAAGAAAUUGGAAAUAGAGAAAGAAGUGGAAAGUGAGGUUCCAGAAACUGAAUGGGAGGAGGGAAGUAGGGAAAGGGGAGUAUGGAGAGAGCAAAUUACGGUGAGAGGAUUGGUGGCGAGCACCGUAAUCGGCAUCAUGUACAGCAUAAUAGCCAUGAAGCUCAACCUCACUGCAGGAAUCGUUCCAAAUUUCAACGUCUCUGCUGCUCUUCUUGGCUUCUUGUUUGUCCGAAGCUGGACCAAAGUGCUUCACAGGGCUGGUUAUACAUCCAAGCCCUUCACCCGCCAAGAGAACACCAUCAUACAGACCUGUGCUGUCUCGUGCUAUAGCAUUGCUGUUCAUGGAGGAUUUGCUUCUUAUCUUUUGGGAUUGAAUAAGAAAACUUACGAGCUUUCUGGAGUGGGAGCUGACGGUAACAAUCCAAAUACUGUUAGAGAGCCUGGAUUUGGGUGGAUGACUGGCUUCCUCUUUGUAGUUUGCUUUGUUGGCCUCUUCAUCUUGAUUCCCCUCAGAAAGAUCAUGAUAGUUGACCUCAAAUUGACGUUUCCUAGUGGCUUGGCAACAGCGGUUCUCAUCAAUGGUUUCCAUACGCAGGGGGACAGAACGGCCAAGAAGCAAGUUCGCGGGUUCUUGAAGUAUUUUUCUGUGAGUUUCUUGUGGGGUUUUUUUAAGUGGUUCUUCUCAGGGACACAGGGCUGCGGAUUUGCACAGUUCCCUACAUUUGGAUUGCAAGCGUGGAAGCAAACAUUCUAUUUCGAUUUUAACAUGACAUACGUGGGAGCAGGGAUGAUUUGCCCCCACCUCGUGAAUUUGUCUUUACUACUCGGAGCCGUUCUCUCGUUUGGGGUUAUAUGGCCUCUCAUCGAUCAACGUAAAGGAGAUUGGUUUCCUAACAAUUUAGAUGAGACUAAUAUGAAGGCGUUGUACGGCUACAAGGUCUUUCUAACGGUUUCUCUCAUCCUCGGUGAUGGCUUAGACAACUUCCUCAAGAUUCUUCUUUUCUCGAUCCUUAGCGUAGUUGAGAAAAUUAAGAACUCCGAUAACCAAACAAUUGCAACAGGUGAUGAGCAGCAAGCUGGAGAACUCAAACAAAAGGAAGUCUUCUUGAGGGAAAACAUUCCCAUGUGGAUCGGAAUGGCUGGCUACAUUGUUUUGGCCAUCAUUUCCAUAAUUGUAAUCCCACUAAUGUUUCCUCAGCUGAAAUGGUUCUACGUCGUGGUUGCUUAUGUUUUAGCCCCAUCCCUAGCAUUUUGUAAUGCCUACGGAACAGGCCUCACUGACAUGAACAUGGCACACAACUACGGCAAAGUUGCACUUUUCGUGCUUGCGGCUAUAAGCGGAAGAGACAACGGCGUAGUGGCAGGACUCGUAGGUUGCGGUCUGGUUAAAUCUGUGGUCUCAGUGGCUUGCACUCUGAUGCACGAUUUCAAAACCGCAUAUUACACGUGCACCUCUCCGAGAGCCAUGUUCAUAUGCCAAGCAAUUGGCACUGCAUUGGGUUGUAUCAUAGCUCCCUUGAGCUUCUUCCUUUACUACAAGGCAUUCGACGUUGGAAACCCACACGGGGAAUUCAAAGCUCCUUACGCACUAAUAUACCGAAACAUGGCGAUUUUAGGCGUUGAGGGUUUCUCGGCAUUGCCCCAACAUUGCUUGCAACUCUGUUAUGGGUUCUUUGCUUUUGCGGUGGCGGUGAACUUGGUGAGGGACCUUGGCCCCAAAAGGAUUGGGAAGUGGAUGCCUUUGCCGAUGGUAGUGGCAAUACCUUUUCUGGUUGGUGCCUACUUUGCGAUUGAUAUGUGCUUAGGGAGUUUGGUGGUUUAUGUGUGGCACAAACUUAACACAAAGAAGGCAGAGGCCAUGAUUCCUGCAACUGCCUCUGGACUUAUUUGUGGGGAAGGGUUGUGGACUCUCCCUGCUUCCAUUCUUGCUCUUGCCAAAAUUAAUCCUCCUAUUUGCAUGAACUUUUUUGCUUCCUAGAACAAUUAAUCACAUAGUUAGUGCAUGUGCAAUAGGAUUUAUCAGGUGCACUAGGCAUAGAAAAUUUUUAUUAUUGUUUACUAAAUUUUCCUUUUAGAUAAAUUAAGUUUAAUCUGUUGUUCAUCUUGCAAUGCUUUGUUUGUAAGUUGAUUUACAACGGUAUUGCAUGAAAAGACUAUUAAAAAUUAUCUUAGGUUGUUGGAACUUAUUAAAAAUGGAGGGAAAGGAUAAAAGUAGAAGAAUUUUAGAAGUUUUCACAAACUCCCUCUCAUCUGUAAUCUCAUUUUAAGUUUAAUCAGGUAAUUUGACUAAAUCUUUUUACAAAAGUAUUAUCAUCCAAAUAAAGGAAGGGUUUAUUUGUUAUUUUUUCUCCUUCCCUUCUGUUCCUUUGAAUAUUUCUCUCUCUCUCUCUCCCCACUUCAAACUCUCACGCAGGUCCCUUAUCUAGUUUGAACUUUGAAGUUAUUUAAUAUACUUGUGUAAGAAAUCCGAUGCUAAAUAUAAAUACAAUAAAAAU